AUGGAAAAUUCCCAACAGCCUCUUGCCACAGAGAGUUUUUCAUACAGCUGGUUGUUGAACAGAAAACCUUCCAUUGAUAGUCUUACUGAAACCCUUAGACCCUCCUAUAUUACUGAUGAUGAGGAAGAUAUAAUGUUUAUUGCUUAUUCAAAAAGAUUCCUAGAAGAAGCUCAAAACUUCAACUUUGAUGUUCGACCUUCUGUUGAAUCUGUCCCUGCUGAUGAAAUCUUUUCUGAUGGACACAUUAUGCCUUUGUAUUUUGAUAGAUCAAAGAUUGAAUCUUUUGAACAAGUCUUAAAUAAUUUCAAUACUUCAUCAAUUUCCUCAUCAACUCCUCCCACACCAGCAUCUACACUUUCUUCUAGAACUAGCCAAGCUGAUUUUCUUGAAAAAUGGAGAAAAUUUUCAGGCAGAGUUUUGGUUAAGUGGUUUGGAUUCCUCAGGCCAUUUUCCCAAAGGUUUGGAAGUUCAAGAAAAAGUGCAAAAGUUGAUGACCUUCAAAGAAAAGAAUCAGAAAUUCAAAGCUGCAAGAGUACUACUACUAAUUCUUUAUUUCAGGGAUCUCCUCGUCGAAUGGUUAAAUCUUAUUCUGUUGUUGAUUGGACUGGAAAUGAGAAGAACCAAAGAAGCAGUAGUAGAAUUAAGCGUUUGAGAAAGGUGAAAAGUUGGAGCAAUUCAGCACAUGCUUCACCUAUAAGAAGUCCAUCCUCUGAUCAUAACUCUACCGAUGUUUGGCGCGAUAUGGAAAACGCGGUUUCUGAUGCAAUUCUGCACUGUAAAAGAUCAUUUGCAAUGUCAACAGAGUCUGAUGAUCAUUUUGACCAGAAAAAGAAAUGGUAG